AUGUCUGGAAAUACAAAUUCGGAUAUUCUGAUUGCCGGCGCCAUCGCAGCCUUCACAGUCGACCUCCUCGUGUACCCGCUCGACACACUCAAAACACGGCUGCAAUCACCCGACUACGCGCGGGUAUACACACAUGCGGCGACGGGCAAGCCGAAUAGCGCGCUGUUCCGGGGCGUGUACCAGGGGCUGGGCAGUGUGAUUGUCGCGACGUUGCCGGCAUCAGGAGCCUUUUUCACGACAUACGAGCACUCCAAAGCCAUCUUGACACGCCUCAGCACGACAACAUGUUCCAAUGGAACCAGUACGACUGUCGUCCCAACACCUCUAGUCCACGCGGCCGCCUCGUCACUCGCAGAACUCGUAUCCUGUGCGCUUCUCACGCCGGCAGAAGUAAUAAAGCAGAAUGCGCAAAUGGUCUCGUCCUCAACAUCGCCCAACGCGACACUAAGCACGCUCUCGCGCUUCCGGUCGCAGCCGCUCGCGCUGUGGCGCGGCUACACGGCGCUGGCAGGGCGCAACCUCCCGUUUACAGGGCUCCAGUUUCCGCUGUUCGAGCGGCUCAAGCAGGGCAUCAAGCGGUACCGCGAUGAGCGGGGGCUUACGCGCGGGACGGUGGUGGAGAGCGGGUUGGUUACGGCGGGGAGUGCGGGGAGUGCUGGGGCGGUGGCGGCGGUGUUGACGACGCCGGUGGAUGUGGUCAAGACGAGGAUUAUGUUGGCUGCUGCUGGGGAGGCGUCGUCGUCGUCGUCGUCUUCAUCAUCACCGUCAUCGUCUUCUGGUUCUUCUUCAACAGCAUCAAAGCAAGGACCCAAGUCCGGCCUUGUAAAUGCCGUGGGAAACUCAGCAGCGAGAAGAAGUGGUCGGAAAAGUAGCUGGGAAGUUGGCCAGGAAAUCGUAGCUGAAAAGGGAUUCAAGGGGCUAUGGAGAGGCGGUGCAUUGAGGGGUAUCUGGACGUUUAUAGGCGCAGGCUUGUAUCUGGGAGCGUAUGAGACUGGGAGAGUGUAUUUGGCUCGGCGUCGAGGGGAAACAGUGAAUGAAGACGAAUUACUCUAG